AUGGUCGAUGGUCGCCGAUGUCAUAUUUACACCGAUCACAAGCCGCUUAUUUACGCUUUUCAACAGAAGCUUGACCGAGCUUCUAAUCGACAGAUUCGUCAACUCGACUUCAUAGCACAGAUCACAACCGACAUUCGUCAUGUCAGUGGUGAAGAUAACGUUACAGCAGACCUGCUUUCACGCAUAAAUGCUCUUUCCACCGAAUCUUUAAAUUAUGACGAUUUGGCUGACGAUCAAUCCAACGAUGAGGAGCUUCAGAAACUCUUAAGUGGUAACAAAUCUCCGACUCAACGUUUUACACACAUUCACAUCGACUUAGUUGGACCAUUUCCACCCUCAGAUGGAAAUCGUUAUUGUCUCACUAUAUUGGAUAGGUUUACACGCUGGCCAGAAGCACUGCCUAUUCCAGAUAUAACUGCACAAACCGUCGCCAAAGCACUUUUAAAUGGUUGGAUCUCACGAUUUGGUGUACCUGCAACCAUCACAUCCGAUUUAGGACGCCGUUUGAAAGCGCUCUGUUUCAACAGCUACUACAACUAG